AAUUUAUUCCUUACAAAUUAUAAUCUCCAAAAUCAAUCACAAAAAUGGAUGUUCAGUUCAAGGCUCGAUCUCUAUGGAAUACUGGGAAAGAAGUGACUGUCAAGUGUACAAAAGCGUUGUCAAAUGGAAUCCGAUUCUCCGAGUUCUACUCAAUAUACACAUCGUAUAUCCGUGUGAUCAUCCCGAUUUCAAUCCAAUACCCAGUUGAUUGUAUCACUGCAUACCUCCUCUUUCAUCUCUACCUGGCAUAUAUUCUAGUUUUCGCUGUUUCUCUAGAAGUUCUCAAGAAAUUCAAGACGAAAGGCUCCGGAAUCGCUCCGAUAACGGGCUCAUUGAAGGAGAAAGCUGCCGUUUAUAUGACAUAUUUCUUCGUUUUUCAAUCGAUUUCCAAAUGGACUUUUGGAAUUGCCACGUUGGAUAAAGUCAUGGGAUGGGCUUUUCAACUGAAACCGCAGAUUAAUUUGAAGCCACAAAUUAAAAUCGGAAAAAGCAAGUCGUCUGAAAGUGUCAUCUCGGUGAAAAAUAAAGUCGGCACUGCUAUGCACGUUGGAUUUGAAUCUGAAGAUGAGGACACCAGAAAGACUAUUAAAAACUUGGGAAAAAUGAAACGGAGAGUGGAUUUUGUGACGGAAGUUGCCGAUGCAUUUAUGAUGGGACAAGAAGCUACCGGCGACGAAGAAGACGAGAGCAAUUGGCAAGACGCGAGAACGUUGGAUUUGCUCGUGGAGCCGGAUGAGUCGACGUGUCAGGUGCAGAAAUGGCUGGAAGAUGGAGGCUCAAUGGAUUCAGAUGAUGUCAAGAAGCAUGUGAUGAAGCUAAUGGCUGAGAAUCAGGAAAUGAGAAGACAAUCAUUUGCGGUGAAGCCGGUUGCUGAGAAAAACACGGAAAAUUGAGAUUUGGAAAUAAGAGAUCUACUAGUUUUGUAUUUUAUUCGUACGAUAAAGAUUUCCAGCGGC